AUGAAAGUGAAUGAGGAAGUAAAGAAUAUAAAUUUGAUGAAAACGAUAGAAUAUGGAGCAAUGAAGGUCCCAGAGAGCUACGAAGAGUGUGAUUCCACACACGUGGACCUAAGAGGAGCUUGCAAUCCACAAGGAAAAAAUGGAGUUAAUCCGUGGAUUUUUAUUAAAAUUGCCGCAGGAAACCUUGAAAUAGUCUCCUCGGAUAUAUCGGUGUUGUGGGCGUCGGCGUUUCUGACAAACUGGCACUUGAGCGACAACGAGCUGGUACACAUAGCGAGAAGCAUGAGCAGAAGUGAAUACUCGAAGGCGUCAGUGAAGGUGACCUUUCUGAACCCAUUCUGCGUGUGCAGAAUAUACUCCAACGGAAGGGUGCUCAUCAUGGGAACACUAACGGAGAAGCAAGCGUAUAAAAGGCUGGCAAAGACGGUCAGGAAGAUAAAGUACAGGACAAAGUGGAAGGUGCAAAUACCGCCAUCAAGUACAUACAACUAUAACAGCAUGAACUCAGGCUCUGAAGAAAACAACACGCGACCAAGUACAGAUCAAGCACACUCUGGCUUAGGUUCCGAGCAGACAUCGAGUAGAGUAGGCCGCCAGUCAUCGCAUAGAACAGACCGUGAACUGACGAGGCAGAAUAGAGAUAACAAGAGCAGGUUUGGACUGGACGGGAACGGACUAACAUGGAAGUACGUAGAUAACCCUAGGAUAUUCAAGGUGUCAGAGUCACUUAAGACGUUUAAAAUAGAUCAGCUGUACUGUAAAAUAGUGUUAAAAAAUGAGCUAAAUUUAGAGGAGAUAUAUCGCAAAUUGGACCCAAAGCACAUCAACGUAAACCUAUUUAAAAACUAUUUGAGUGACUCGGAUAUGUACAAUAACACACUCCUGUUUAAGGAUAACCUUGAUAUUGGCAUGGAGUUGGAACGAGUGCUGGAAAACGAGCUGAUUGCUUCAAAUAGAACAAGUUCGUGUCUGGUGUUUAAAAGUGGCAAGAUAAGCAUACUGGGAUGCUCAAACAGGUCACAAAUACUGUAUACAUUCAACCAACUAAUUCAGCACCUUUAA